CGGUGCUUGUUUCAAAGAAGUACACAGCAACGUGACUUUACAUUGCUCCCUGUUGCUGCUAGCCUAUCCGUUUCAAAUUAUAUUUUCAAACAAGUUUAUAUAUAUAAGAUUAUAUAUAUUAGAACAGAAAAUGGGUGAUGAUGAAAAGUAUGACGGGAUGUUACUUGUUAUGGCACAACAGCACGAAGGAGGUGUACAAGAGUUAGUUAACACGUUUUUCAGCUUCCUCCGGCGUAAAACAGACUUCUUCACGGGUGGCGAGGCUGGUGCACCAGAGAAGCUGGUGAAGGAGUCGUUUGCCCACCACAGCGGUCUUGCCCUGAAGGCCCACAGAGAGAAGGAGAAGAGACAGGAGAAGGAGAAGAGAGAGAAGGCAGAGAGGGCUGCUAAGCUAGCUGAAGAAGAGGCGAAAAAGAAGAUUAAGAAAGCAGACGACGAGCCCAAAAUCAAAGAACUGACAGACGAAGAGGCAGAGAGACUUCAGUCCGAAAUCGACAAGCAAAAUAAACAAGAGGAGAAGAAAGAGGCCACAAACACAAAUGCAGAAACUCCACCUGAGAAAGCUGAGAAGGAAGGGAGAGAGAAGGGAGAGAAGGAGACUGAUUCCGAUGGAGAAGAAGAUGAGAAAGACAAGGACAAGGUGAAACCUAACGCAGGCAAUGGAGCUGACCUGGCCAACUAUCGUUGGACACAAUCCCUGUCUGAAGUGGACCUGGUGGUGCCUUUUGAUGUGAAGUUCCGUAUGAAGGGGAAGGAUGUGGUGGUGGACAUCCAGCGUGGUGUGCUGAAGGUGGGUCUGAAGGGUCAUCCUCCUGUGAUCGAUGGACAGCUCUACAACCACGUCAAGGUGGAGGAGAGCUCCUGGCUCAUUGAGGAUGGCAAGGUGGUCACCAUUCACCUGGAGAAGAUCAACAAGAUGGAGUGGUGGAAUAAGAUAGUGACCACGGAUCCAGAACUCAAUACAAAGAAGAUCUGUCCGGAGAACUCUAAGCUGUCAGAUCUGGAUGGGGAGACCCGUGGUAUGGUGGAGAAGAUGAUGUACGACCAGAGACAGAAGUCCAUGGGUCUACCCACCUCCGAAGAGCAGAAGAAACAAGACAUCCUCAAAAAGUUCAUGUCGCAGCACCCAGAGAUGGACUUCUCUAAAGCCAAGUUCAGCUAAGAGACGUCACUGUCGUUCCCCAGCCAACUCUCCAUACCCCUCUGCACUCUUACUCUGCCCAGGAAAACGACGACUAUGAAUCCUCAUCAAAACCAACCUCCGGCGCCGAUCUUACAGUUGAAUUGAAUCUCUCUAUUCUUUCUUCAUCACCCUUUCUCUCUCUUUCUGUCUCUUCCCAUUUCUGUAGUCCUAAAGUGCUGGGUUCUUGUUAGUCUCAUUCCUGUUGCAUGUGUUACUGUGUUCUGAAUGUUUUAAAGAAAUGUUUGGAGUUUUUAAAAUAAAUUAAUUCAAACCACA